UUGCCAUUCAACAUCUGUCGUGCAGUUCAUAACAUUUUGCCACGUCUACAGUGAAACCAUGUAUGGCCUCCACGUAACCAAUUGAAUAUGCAUCUCUCAAGCUUACAAAAGCACAAUUUGAUGGCAUACCCAAUUCAACAUACAGCGCAGCAGAACAAGUAUUGUAUAAGUCCAUUGUUGUGGUAUAUACUCAGCACGGAUAGCAAUAUCACAUAGCCUUGCAGAAUGGCUCUUAGCUCCAUCACAUUACCCAAUCAUGACAGAGAAGAUGAAGACGAAAGAAUUCAUUCCACGUUUGCGUCUCGCUAUGUCCAGUCUACUCCACCAAGGUAUAAAAUGCCAGAGAAAUCCAUGCCGAAGGAUGCAGCAUAUCAACUCAUCAGUGAUGAAUUAAUGCUGGAUAAAAACCCCAGGCUGAAUCUUGCAUCCUUUGUGACAACAUGGAUGGAACCUGAAUGUGAUAAACUUAUAUUAGAGUCCUUGAAUAAGAACUAUAUAGACAUUGAUGAGUACCCUGUUACAUCUGAGCUGCAGGACAGGUGUAUUAAUAUGAUUGCCAGGUUAUUCAACUCGCCACAGAAGGAUGGGGAGAAUGCGGUAGGUGUUGGCACCAUUGGAUCUUCAGAGGCAAUAAUGCUAGCUGGACUUGCUUUCAAAAAGAAAUGGCAGAACAAGCGCAAGGCAGAGGGGAAACCCUUUGACAAGCCCAACAUGGUGACUGGAGCUAAUGUACAGGUCUGUUGGGAGAAGUUUGGAAAGUAUUUUGAAGUAGAUAUUAAAGUUGUCAAAUUGAGGGAGAAUUUCUACGUCAUGGACCCUUACAUGGCAGUUGAUUUAGUGGAUGAGAAUACUAUAUGUGUAUGUGCCAUAUUAGGUUCAACAUACAAUGGUGAGUUUGAAGAUGUCAAGCUGUUAAACGAUCUUCUCCUUGACAGGAAUAAAGAAACAGGGUGGGACACAGCCAUCCAUGUGGAUGCUGCAAGUGGAGGGUUUGUUGCACCUUUCAUUUAUCCUGAUUUAAUAUGGGACUUUCGACUGCCCUUGGUGAGAAGUAUCAAUGUGAGUGGGCACAAAUAUGGACUUGUUUAUCCUGGCAUUGGCUGGCAAAUCUGGCGCAGUAGCAGGGACUUGCCAGAUGAGCUUGUUUUUCACAUUAAUUAUCUUGGAGCUGAUCAACCUACAUUUACUCUCAACUUUUCAAAAGGGGCCAGCCAUAUAAUCGCACAAUAUUACCAACUAAUUCGACUUGGAUUUGAGGGAUAUAAACAAAUAGUCGAUAAUUGCCGCACAAAUGCAGAUUUCCUUGUUUCAAAACUCAAUGAGACAGGCAAAUUCAAAAUCCUUUCCAAAGAUAUAGGGGUUCCUCUUGUUGCUUUUUCAUUGAAAGACAAGACCAAAUAUGACGAGUAUAAAAUUGCAGAGGAGCUACAAAAACAUGGAUGGAUCCUCCCUGCUUAUACAAUGGCACCUGAUGCUCAGAAUGUCUCCUUGCUAAGAGCAGUAAUCAGAGAGGAUUUCACAAGAACAUUGGCAGAGAGACUUGUAUACAAUAUCAAACAGGUUUUGGAGCACCUAGAUUCUUAUGCUCAUAAAAAGGAGAAUCAACAGGAUAAGACAGAGGGAAGCUAUAAAGUACCCAAGGAGGACUUGAAAAAUGUUUCAGUAUUUGAUAACUUUCUCAAUGCUUCAAAGAUUUUUAGUGUAUGGAAAAAGAAUACUGUCGACAAGACAAAUGGUGUUUGCUGACAAACAGACAUUUACAGCUGCUAUUUUUUUCCUUACAAUGUAUUUACAGGGUUUAAUUGUGAAAAUCUAUUAUCAUGGAUAAAUUUGUUUGAUUCGAAUUGCUAAAAUGAUUUCGACAUUUACCAUUUUGAAGAAACUGCAAUCCAGACAAUAUUAUUUUUUGUUC